AUGGACUCGGUCGACGACGCUCUGCACCACCUCAAGUCCUCUGUUGCGCAGAGCCAGCUCGAGGGGAGGGACAAGAAGCGUCUCGCAGAUACCGCCGCUCAAAUAUCCACCCAUCUCGUCCUACUGAAGCUUUCCCCGAUAUCUGAGCAAAUAGCAGAAAAUCUGAGAAGCUUCCUUCGCGAAUCCCUCCGUGUACUCUACGCUAUCCUACCUACUCCCUCUUUGCGUUUGGCAGCCACCAUAUUCGAAGCUGUAUAUCAUGAGCGUAUCUUUUCGGCAAUUACAAGCGGCCAACAUGAACAAAAGAAUAGAUGGAUGUCAGUGCUGUAUGCGCUACUGUCUGGGGUUCUGGAUUAUCUGGAUGAACACGCUUCUGCUGAUGCCAAAGAAGCCAUUGGGCAGACGCUGUUCCCCGUUCUCAGCGAUAUAUGCGUCUCCUUAUCAGCGCCCAGAACAGGGGUGGAUCUCAGAUACACCGUAAGACCCCAUAUCUAA